CUCUGGUCAGCUCAUGUUCUGGACCGUGACUGUUUGACUGGCCUGUUCUCCUCUCCCUCCAUUUGUUUUUUCUCGGGUGACACGCCGCCAUUGCCGCCUGAUUCACCAGUGCUCGGCUCGUGGUGGGGUGAGUGUUUUUCGUUCGCUCCACCAAAGCGCGACCAUCGUGCGACCUCUUGCAAGGGUAGUCGUAUCUAGGGGGGGCUUGUCGGAGGGAGUUUAGCUGACUCAGCCCAUGUCACUAAUAGCAAGAUUUAGCUAAUAAAAGGUUGUUUGAUAAAGACAGUAGCUCGUGGUGAGAUUGCUUGAAAUCGUUAGGAAUUAAGGCUCGUCGCUCAUGCAUGUCGAGCCUUCGAUAACGCUGAAAGUUGGCCAUAGAUAGUCUCUAGGAGCUAGCUCGUUCACUUUAACGGUAAAUCCGAUAUCCGAGAGGCAGAUCAGAGGAGGGACGUCAGCAUUUCGGGACAUCUCAAAAGGCCGAUCAGAGUAGAGGAGGGAUCUCGCCAGAGUAGAGGACAUUUCGAGAUCUCGCCAGCCAGAAUAGGAGGAACGUCCAGAGGAGCAUUUUUGGUCGUCUGACAAGAAAGGUCAGCCAGAGGAGGAGCGUGAGCAUUUCAUAACGUUCGAAGAAAGUCCGGCUAUUGGAGAAGCGUGACGCGUAACGCGUGGUCAUGGAGGUCCUCAAGAAGCUUCGGCAGCUGGACGCGUAUCCGAAGGUCAAUGAGGACUUCUACAGUCGCACCAUGUCCGGCGGCAUCCUCACGCUCAUCUCCUCCGUCGUCAUGGCCAUACUCUUCAUCACCGAACUUCGACUUUUCCUCCAGCCGAAGAUCGUCAACGAGCUCUCAGUGGACCUAUCUCGCGGAGAAACGCUCAAAAUCAAUCUGGACGUGACGUUUCCCCGCCUGUCCUGUGCGGUUCUAUCGCUGGACGCCAUGGACAUCAGCGGCGAGCAGCACCUGGACGUGGUGCACAACAUCUACAAGCGGCGACUGACGCCCAUCGGGCUGCCAGUGGAGGGCAUCGACUCGAAGCACGAGAUCGGGGCGAAGCAGCACGAGGUGCUGAAGAAGAGAGACAAGUUUGGCAACGUGGUGCCCGAUGACCAGGACUUCUGCGGCAGCUGCUACGGCGCCGCUGAGGCGGACGACCAGUGCUGCAACAACUGCGAGGAGGUGCGGGAGGCAUACAACAAACGAGGCUGGGCCUUCAACAACGCCGACGCCAUUGAACAGUGCAAGAGGGAGGAUCUGAUAGACAAGAUUCAGGCGCAAGUGGGGGAGGGGUGCAACAUGUACGGUGUAUUGGAGGUGAACAAGGUGGCGGGCAACUUCCACUUCGCCCCUGCCAAGGUGUUCUACACGGCCGGCAUCUCCAUCUUUGACCUCGUUAUGUUCCACGACACCGUGUUCAAUAUAUCCCACACAGUCAACUCCCUGUCCUUUGGUGCCAAGUUCCCUGGAGCGGUCAACCCUCUGGACAAGAUUCAGUGGAUCCAGGAGAGCGAUUCAGGCAUGUACCAGUACUUCAUCAAGGUGGUGCCCACCGUCUACACCGACUCCCGCAACCACAGCAUUGCCUCCAACCAGUUCUCAGUGACGGAGCACUUCCGACCGGCAGGGCCAAAGGACCAACAAUCGCUUCCGGGAGUGUUCUUCUUCUAUGACCUCUCGCCCAUCAAGGUGCAGUACCUGGAACGGUACACAUCAUUCCUCCACUUCCUCACCAACGUGUGCGCCAUCGUGGGAGGCAUUUUCACCGUCACAGGGAUGGUUGAUGCCUUCAUCUACCACAGUCAGCGUGCCAUAAAGAGGAAAAUAGAUCUAGGAAAACUCAACUAACCUUCAAUAUCUACAUGUUGUGCCUGUAUGCACAAUAUACAAAGUAGGGGGUAACCCUCAUAGGUGCUACAAAUUGUUGCUGAAACCUAGGCUUUCUAGCACUCUAGAUUCUUGACUCAAAUACACGGUGGGCGCUUUCUAGCACUCUAGAUUCCGGACUCAAAUACACGGUGGGCUGGAAAUCGCAAGGUGUUUGGCUUUCCAGUGCACAAUCGUACAGCGUUUGAGGACACUUUUAUGGUACAGCGUUUGUUAAUCUUGUGGACAGGGCUGGAAGUGUACUGCUGGAAUGUGGUGCACUGUUUC